UGAUAAAGUUGUUCCCUUCGCCAGUCUGCAACCUGUUCGUUGCCCUGAAGGGGUUUAAGUUUUCACAGCUAAACCCUUGUCUGUCCCGAGAGAGAUUGAGUCGAACUGUUCACGCUCAAUCAAAUCAUGGCUUUGAGAUCCUCCAUGUCGGCUCUAACGGCCGGUGCCAGCAGCUUACGGCGGAUGUUGUCCACCGCCUCUACCACUUCAUCCAUCUUCUCAGCGCCCGCCGCCGCCCCUUCGGCUCGUGAACAAGCCGAUCCCAACGUCAACCUUUUCGUCUCCGGGCUGAGCAAACGAACCACAACGGAAGGCCUUAGGGAUGCUUUCUCCAAGUUCGGUGACGUGGUUCAUGCUAGAGUUGUCGAAGACAGGGUAUCUGGGCAUUCAAAAGGGUUUGGCUUUGUUAGGUAUGCUACCUUGGAGGAUGCUGCCAAAGCGAUAGAGGGGAUGGAUGGGAAGGUGAGUUUGCCUUAUUGUAUUUCUUCUUUCUUUGAAAGGGCAUAUCUGGACGGAUGGGUUAUAUUUGCGGAAUAUGCAAGACCAAGAGCACCUCCUUCACCACCCAGUAGUAGCAUGGGGCCUGGUAAUGGUGGUUUUGGCUCCACAUAUGGGAACAGCGCGAGCUAUGGUUUUGGCAGUAAUGUGCACCCUGGUUACGGGAAUAACGUUGCAAGUGCUGGCUACGGCAGCAACGUGAACCCUACUGCUUAUGGGAGCAAUCCUAGUUCAGCAUAUGGGAACAAUGCAAGUCCAGGCUCUUCAUAUGAGACUCAGGCUGCUUAUGGAAACAAUCCAAAUUCAGGCUCUUCAUAUGGGAGUCACACUACUUAUGGGAACAAGGCGAAUCCAGGCUAUUCAUACCAGUCUGUAAGCAAUCCAGGCGCUGCUGCUUCAUAUGAGAGUCAGACUACUUACGGGAACAAUGCAAAUCCAGGCUCUUCGUAUGGGAGUCAGACUACUUCCUACGGGAACUAUGCAAAUCCAGGCUCUUCUUACGGGAGUCGGACCACUUACGGGAACAAUGCAAAUCCAGGCUCUUCAUACGAGUCUGGAAGCUACGCAGGCCCUUCGUACGGGAGUCAGACAACUCCAUAUGGAAACAAUGCUCAUGCUCAUGGAAACAUAAGCUCUGGGUUUGGUGGCCCUGGAUACGUUAACACCACAAGUCCUGGGUACGUGAACAACGAAGGCGCUGCAACUUCUGGCAGCGCAAACCCUUCAUAUCGAGAUAAUACCACAGGCUCAGCUUAUGGCAAUGGCGGUGAACCUGCUGCACAGGGUAACAUCACCGGCUUUACAGUGAAGCAUAAGGCUCAUCAAUGAAUGGUAUGAAGUUUGCAGUCAACAAAUCACAUGGUGGACUUCUGCUGCUGCUGCUGCUAAGUUGUUCACCGUUCGUUGUGUCUACAUACUUAUGAACACCGUUCUUAUCAAACAACAUUUGUCCGAACUGGCCAAUUUGUGAACAUUUAUCUGUGGUUUUCCGGGAAUAAAUUUCGAAUGGUUUCUGUGAAUGAGAGACUAGAGGGGUUUUGGUGAACUGGAUUAGAGUCUCUGUGUCCAGGAAGAGGGAUCGUGAAUGAGUCGGAUUAAAGAUGUAUUAGUGAUCAACCAAAGAACAAACGGUUAAGCACUAAACAAUAAAUCGCUAAUUUUUACAUGAUAACAUCCAAUCUGUUUAUGAAAACAGAGAGAAAAAGAAG